AUGGGGGCGAAGGUCCGAAGGCUUGUCGGCCUCGUGCUGCUUCCGCUGACGGUGGCUCAGGGUGGUGUCGGCACCAGCACCGUCUUCUCCAUACGCUUUGAGAUCUCCGCGGAUCCCAAUGCGGCCACGCCACAAGAGUACUUCAAUGCCAUGCAGGAAGCCUUUGCUGAUGCUGCAGCCAACGGCGAGACUGGCGGCGGAACUGGUGGCGGCACUGGCGGUGGCACCGGUGGCACCGGUGGUGGCACCGGUGGCACUGGUGGCCUCCUGACUGGCGGAGUGAGCCAGGUGGGCCAGCAACUGAUCAUGAGUCACUUCGACCAGGGCACGUUGCUGUCACAGGUCGCCCUCACAGAGGCUGUGGAGAGCCAAACGAUGAAGGUCUGCGACAUGGAGCCGUUUUGGGAGAAGGGGCAGACCGUCUUUGACCUGCGACUCUGUCGCUUAAGCCCUGUGAAGCUGAUCAUUUGGGCCCUGGUCCCUGCCCUGACCUUGUCCUGCGGAUUGCUCGGCCGGCGUCCUGGCGAGCGGUUGUCCCUUGCGCGUGUCACAGGGACCGUGUCACAGCGGGAAGACAUGGAAGUCACGGAGACAAUAGUUGCAGCUUUACUAGUUUUGUCACACCGUCUGGGUCGCGCUUCAUUGGCAAUGGUUCGAAGAAUGGAUGCAGCGGCUUGCAUCCAAGUUUUGGGAUUGAUGCAAAGGCCGCCUGACAAAGCCACUUCGGAAGAGGCACGUCAGGUGCACCUGUACAGCUUGGGUGUGGUUUCUGCAAAAGCCGGAGGUAAACCACCGCCUGAAUCCAAGGAACGCAUUUAG